AUGAACAAGUCGCAGGUGUCGUUGAAGUCGGCGAGUACUCAAUCUUCAAUAGCACUAAUGUACAUUGUGGUGACCGCCUUCAUAUAUAUGAAGUUCAAUCUCCCACUUGAUCCAUACAUCUUCGAAAAUAUCUCCAUCAGAAUAGACUCAUUUGAAAAGCUGAUGGCUUGCAUAAAUGUGAUUGGCUGGUACAUGUGUGAAGUCUUCGUUAGCUACUUGAUCAUUUACGACAUGAUCUCGUUACCGGCUCCAACCGAACUCCCCGCAAUCUCGUACUCACCGACGGCAUAG